GGGUAGUAACCUCCGUCGCUGUGGUCUGCCCGGGCCCGCCCUGCCGGCGGCUGGCUGGCUAGUAUGUCGCACGCGGCGCGGAGCGGCCCGGGUCACAAGCGUGUGAGUGGGUUUGGAGUGUCCGUUAUUUUGCAUUUUGCAUCGAUUCACCAAAUGAAGUAGACGUCCCCGAAGCACGAAAUUUAAUAAUCGAGAAGCGCGCACCGCCGCUGACGUUCGAAAAUGUCGGGAGACGUGCAACCGAGAAAACGCAAAGAGAAAAGGAAGAAGAAAGAGGAAGUGGUUGAAGAAUUCACCAACAAUUUCUCCUCAGAAGAAAAUAUCCAUGUACACAAGGAUGCAGGCACUGGUGGAAAUAUUUGCGCCAAGAUAGUAUUUUUCUUCUUGCUUGGUGUAUUACUUGUUUUGGUUGGACUUAUCAUUACUGAAUACAGAGGCUCCACAGAUUUGGAUAAUCCUAUUUUAGAAUCUCGUUGGGCGCCAAUAUUUGAUGGUUGGGUGGACGAUUCUACUGCAAAGCAUGACGAUCAUGGGGAACAUGAACAAGUAAGCGGGGAAGAGCAUGGAGAAGGUGAGGAUGAUGGUGAUGAUGAUAAUAAUGAUGUGAGUGGUGUGGACUUAGAAGACAAUCAGAGUGGUCCCAAAUCAGCAGAGAAUGAUGAUGAUGAAGAAGAAGAAGAAGAUGACAAUGAAGGUGGAAAUGGUGAUGAUGAGGAUGAGGAUGAGGAUGAGAACAAUGGUGACUCAGAAAAUGCCCAGGAUAAUACUUUGCAAGAAAGUGGUGAAAAUGAAAAUGAUAGUCAAAAUGAAGAUGCUGAUGGUGAUGAUGACGAUGAUGAUGAGGGCGAUGAUGAGCCAGAGCCUUUAGGAGAUAUAUUGUAUGUGUUUACAGUGGCACUUAAAUUUGGUGUGGGGGUGGCGCUUGUGAUUGUCGCUCACAUGGUUCUGGUUAGGAAGUGGAACACUGGAGCUGAGGAGGAAGCAAAGUUUGCUAGUAGUGAUGCACCAGAAGAACAUAUUUUAAGGAGACAAACUUUAAUUCCAGAGGAAUUGGCUGGAGAACCAGAAGUUGAGGAUGAAGACAUAUCAAGGAACAGAGAGGAAGACGAGGAUGAAGCUGAAAGAGAGACUGAUGAAAUGGUGGAAAGGAAUGUUGAAAACAAAUCUCACUCUGACUAUACAAUGACAGAAAGAAGUGGAGAUCACAGAAGUGAAGAAGAAGAAGAGGAGGUGGAAGAAGAGGAAGAGGGGGAUGAGGAAGAAGAAGAGGAAAUAGAGGAGGAGGAGGAGGAAGAAGAAGAAGAAAAAAAUGUAGGUGAAGAAGAUGAAGUGGAAGAAGAUGAAGAUGAUACUUUUGAUAGAAUAAUGAAGAAAUAUAGCCACUUGUUGCCAAAAGAUGCCUCUCCAAGAGAGGCAGAAGAAGUAGAGUCGACUGAUGAAAAUGAAGUUGUAGAAGAGAAGAAAAAUAACUCUCAUUCUCCAAGAGAAGAAAGAUCAGACUUGAAAGUAGAAUAUUCCACUGAAGACAAAGUUCAAGGAUACCAAAAAUUGCAAAAGGAGGAGGAAGAAGAAGAAGAAGAAGAGGAGGAGGAAGAGGAAGAAGAUGAAGGGGGAAGAGAAGAAGAAAAUAGCACUGAGGAAGAUUCAACUUCAGGAAUUCACCCCCAGACUUCCCUCAAAACAAGUUCUCGAGCUUCCCCAGGUAAUGACGAAAGUGAGGAAGAAGAAGCAAAACCAUCUCAAAGCCCUGCACGUGGAACAGUCAGUAAAGGGCCUUCUCAAGGGGGAGGGAAAAGUCGGGUUGAAGAUGACUGGGUACUACAAAAUGAUUUAAACAAUGCAGAAGCUGAUCUGGACGAGAAUCCGGAAGCAGCCCUUAAGAAAUUCACAUCUCUUGUGAUGAAAUUCCCUGAUUCAUUGCCUGCUCGCUAUGGAAGGGCAAAAGCACUGGACAGUAUUGCAGAGUUGAAACGUAGCAACCCAAUCUUGGAUCUGGCCAUAGAAGAAUAUCAGCAAAUCCUGAAUUUGGGUCAAAUAGUGCCUGAUGAUUUAUUUCUUCAAGUUGCUGACCGUUGCAUAAACAGGAUGAGAUUUAAAGGACAGCACCUGAAAGCUGUACCAGUUCAUAAGUCUUUAAUGGCACGCUUUCCUGAUGUACCCACUCAUUCAAAUCAAUUGGCAGUGACUUAUCUCAUUAUAAACAGAGUGAAUGAAGCAAAACAAUUGCUACAAGAAACAUUAAAGAAGUGGCCUAAUGAUGGAUUUGCACAAGUUCAUUAUGGCUUUAUUCUAAAAACUGCUGAAAAUGAUAUGGCAGGUGCAGUACAAUAUCUGGAAAAAGGCAUUCGCAGCAGGGAAAUGGGAACUAUUGAUGGAAGAUUUUUCUUUCAAUUGGGAGACGCACUCAUGAGACUAGGGCGUAAGGAGGAAGCUAUGAAGGUCCAUGAGUUAGGAGUGAAAGAAGGAUUAUUUUUGUCAAAAUACCAACGUUCCUUGUACAAUGUGGACAGACUUCAUGGUCAGCCAUGGUGGACUCUUGAAGAGACCACUUAUGCCUCGAAUUUCAAGAUGUUGUUGAACAAUUGGAAAACUAUUCAGAAAGAAGGGCUGAAUGCUUUGUAUAAUACUAGCUUGACAUUGUAUAAGGAUGAAUCUGAAAAUCUUAAGGAUUUCGGCCAGUGGAAACAAUUAGAACUUUUUGCUCGGGGUCGUAAGAUAGUUGCAAACUGCAAUGUUGCUCCAGUGACAUGUGGGCUCAUUGAAAAGUUUCCGGCAGCUCGAUACUGCAAGAGGGGUCAAGUGAAGUUCAGUGUGAUGCAUCCAGGCACACAUGUUUGGCCCCACUGCGGUCCCACCAAUUGUCGUUUACGUGCUCAUCUUGGACUUGUGGUUCCCCAGAAUACUUUUAUUCGUGUUGCUGAAGAAACUAGGAGCUGGGAGGAAGGAAGGUUUAUUGUCUUCGACGACAGCUAUGAACAUGAAGUAUGGCACAAUGGUUCAACAACCAGACUGGUUCUCAUUGUUGAUGUUUGGCACCCUGGACUAACAGAGGAAGAGAAAAGUACCUUAACUGCUAUUUGAUUAUAGUAAUUUUAUUUUUGGUGAAUAGAAAUUUGUGCGUCACUCUUUCAGUACAUAACUUACUCAAGUCUGAUCAAUAGUUGAUUUUAGCAAUGAAUUUUUUUCUUAAUCCAAGAUAUUUAUUACUUUGAAAUAUUAUAGGGAAGUGCUUUGUUAAGAAUCUCACUUUUUAUACUUGAUGCACAUACUUGCACAUUUCUUAAAUUUAUAUUUUGUAUACGUAACACUGUUUUGUUCUUAUUUAUGUAAUGUGGUACUAUGUAUUUAUUGUUGGUAACAAAUGUGCCUAGAAAAGUUGGCCUUAAGAUAAUGCUCAAAGUUUAGUUUCUAUGCUCCAUUUAUUUAGAAUUUAUGUAGAUGGUGCAUUUAAACUACAAUUAAAAGGCAAUAAGACAGUUGUUUCAACUAUAAUUAAUGCACAUUGUAUAGAAAGUUCUUUUGAAUUUUUAAAAUGUAAUGGAGAAGCAGAACAAGUAUUUAUUGAAUGUGUGAAUAUGAGUAUGCAAGUGCUUUUUUUCUUUUUUAUUCUGAAUGUUCUAUGUUUGUGCUGAAAAACUGAGAUAAAAUCAGUUGUGUCAGAGUGCCUUUUGUUAUACAUUUAAAUAAUGUUGAGAAAUAAGCAUAAUUUUUAUGAAAGUGAUAUUUAUGAAGCUGAGAUGUAUUGUCGCUCAUUCUGCAGAAGCUUGGCUCUAUUUCACAUUCAAAGGAGAGGUAAUUCCAGAAAGACUUAUUUAAAUUGUAGCAGUUGAUGGACUUUAAAACACAGUCAAGCUUCUGUUGUGCUUUAUCCUGUUUCAAAUUGUUCUGAACAAAUGACAUUUUGUAAAAUUGUCAUUUUCAGAGUACUCAAAAAGUAAAUAAAUCAAUCUCUAUUAAAAUCUGAAUGUGUACGUUUACUAAUCAAAUGUUUAUGAAUUGGUUGA